AAAGUUUCUCAACGAAUAUUUAAACAAAUAGUUGGAUACAAAAUAAAAACGAAAACUUUUUUUUGCCACAUUUUCCCCCUUUUUAUUACAAAAUGAGUACUAAAACAGAUGAAACUAUGGCUAACAAUAGUGAGGACAAGGAUGUCAAAGAUGUCAAAGAUGUCAAGGAAGCAGUGUCUGUACGAAAACCAGUCAGCUUUUUCUCACUGUUUGCCUAUUCCUCUGGUUUCGACAAAUUUCUUAUGCUUAUCGGUAUCGUAGCGGCUAUAGCUUUGGGCGCCGGACAGCCGGCAAUAACUGUGUUUAUGGGCCGACUGACCGAUACUUUUGUUGACUUUGAAUUGUUUAGCAAGAUAUCCAAGUUGUCAUCGGUUAUCAAUAGCCAGAAUAAUAAUAAUAAUAAUAGCAAUUAUUAUGAAAACCAAUUGAAACCAUUGAAAGCCAGCGAACCGGACAAAUAUUUAAGCAAAUUGUUUACCGAUUUUCCACAAUUGAAACUAAAUGUUAUACAGAAAAGAUUUAAAUUGGAUAACAAAUCAUUUGUCGACAAAUUUGAUAAAACGGUAUUUCACGGAAACAGACAAUUCGUGGACGACUUCGAAGACGGCGCAAACCGAUGGAGUUUAUUGAUCUUUGUUUUUGCCGUAAUCAUUUUGGUGGCCGGCUAUGUAAUAGUGGCCACUUUUAGCGCAGCGGCCAACCAUCAGAAACAUCGCAUUCGGAUACUAUUUUUCAAAGCCGUCUUAAGACAGGACAUCACUUGGUAUGACACAAAAACUACGGGAGAUUUUGCCACAAAAGUGACGGCUGAUUUGGAUAAACUUCAAGAGGGAAUUGGAGAUAAGGUCGCUCUCUGUAUAUUCUCAUUUUCAACCGUAUUGUGUUCACUGGGAACUGCUUUUUAUUAUGGAUGGGAACUAACAUUAGUUAUACUAUCGCUUACACCAGUUUUGGUCAUUUUAUUUAUAAUUAUUGGAAUAAUUCAGGCCCGGUAUGCGACAACAGAAGCCGAAUCCUAUAGUAAAGCCGGUACUGUUGUUGAAGAAGUUUUGGGUGGCAUUCGCACUGUCUAUGCAUUUGGUGGUCAAACUAAAGAUAUUAAAAGAUAUGACCGAAAUCUGGAGCCGGCAAAGAAAAGCGGAAUCAAACGACAAGUGUAUAUCGGUUGUGGUCUGGGAGUCAUGUGGUUUGUCAUCUAUUUGAGCUUUGGACUGGGAUUUUGGUACGGCAUCCGACUAAUUAUCAGAUCCAUUGACAACAACGACAGUCUAUACGUAGCCAGCAAUAUGACUAUAGUAUUCUUCUCAGUACUGAUUGGAACCUUCAGUAUCGGUCAAACCGUUCCCUAUUUCGAGGCAUUCGCUCAGGCAAGAGGUUCGGCGGCACUUAUAUUUGAAGUCAUGAAUAGAGUACCAGAAAUUGAUAGCAGUUCUCAAAGUGGCGACAAAAUUGACGACUUUAAAGGUCAGGUAGAGUUACGUAAUGUUCAUUUUGGAUAUCCAGCCCGAUCUGGUGUACAAGUUUUAAGAGGACUUAGUCUAGUGGCAGAGCCGGGAGAAACGGUAGCUCUGGUCGGUCCCAGCGGUUGCGGUAAAAGUACUGUCAUUCAAUUAAUUCAACGGUUUUACGACGUCAAAGAUGGAGAGGUUUUGAUUGGUAGCAGAAAUAUCAAAGAUUUGAAUGUCGGUUGGCUUAGGGAUCAGAUUGGACUCGUUGGACAGGAACCGGCAUUGUUUGGCUGUUCAAUAGCUGAAAAUAUCAAACUUGGUUACAGUUCAGCAAAUAAUAAUGAUAUCGAGUCGGCGGCAAAAGAUGCCAAUGCAUAUGAUUUUAUAAUGCGAUUACCGAAACAGUUCAACACUCUUGUGGGCGAAAGAGGUUCACAAUUGUCUGGCGGACAGAAACAAAGGAUAGCCAUUGCAAGAGCUUUAGUUAGAAAACCAAAGAUUCUUUUGUUGGAUGAGUCGACCAGUGCUUUGGAUAAUCAAAGUGAGUCCAUAGUUCAGGCGGCACUGGACAGGGCUAGUGUCGGACGAACCACUUUUAUUGUGGCCCAUAGAUUAACAACCAUAAGACAGGCCAAUAAAAUAAUUGUUAUAAAUCGUGAUAUUGUUGAAGAAAUUGGAACUCAUGAAGAGUUAAUGAAGAAAGAAGGACUGUAUUAUAAAUUAGUCAAAAGUCAACAAAGAACUGAUGGAGAGAAUAAUAAUUCUGAAAAAAAUAAAUCAAAAGACUUGGAUAAAGAAGUUACAAAACAAUUAGAAACAACUACAAGUGAUAUUGAAAUUAAUAAGAAAAUGGAUAAAGAAUUAUCUCUCAGAAAGAAGUCCAGUGGUGUCAGUCCUCUGAUACUACCUGAUCCGUGGUUACGAUUUUAUAUGCGAUUGUUUAAACUUCUAAAACCAGAUAAAUAUCUUGUAUUGACUGGUCUUUUGAUGGCAUUUCUGAUGGGACUAUCGGUACCGGCUUUUGCUAUUGUUUUUGGCGAAAUUUUGGCUACACUUUCACUGACAUCGACUGAUAAAAUGAAAGAAAAAUCACUUUUUUAUGCACUAUUAUUUGUCGGCAUCGGUAUUAUGACCGGAUGUGCAUCAGCCUUACAGAUCUAUGCUUUUGGUGUUUCUGGUGAACGACUAACUAUGAAACUAAGACUACAAGUUUUUACAGCUAUGCUAAACCAAGAGAUCGGUUGGUUUGAUAGACAAGAGAAUAGUACCGGUGCUCUCUGUUCGCGACUAUCAUCGGAUACAUCUAGUGUUCAGGGGGCUGGCGGUUCUCGUUUGUCAACCUUAGUCCAGGCAGUGUCGACACUAGGUAUUGGUGUAGUCAUAGCAAUGUACUAUAGUUGGAAACUGGGUCUCGUUACCAUGUGUUUCAUACCACUAGUCAUAGCAUCGACUUAUUUUCAGAUUAAGAUAACCAGUGAUCAAUUGGUUAAAGAUAAAGAAGCACAGGAGGAGUCAUCAAAGAUUGCCAUCGAAGCUAUUGGUAGCAUACGGACAGUUGCAUCCUUACAUCAGGAGACGACAUUCAUUAACAAAUACCAGAAAUCCUUACAACCGCCGUAUAAUAAAUCCAAAAUCCAGGCCCAUCUACGGGGUAUUACUUAUGGUUUGGCCAUAAGUAUGAGUAACUUUGCUUACGCUAUUGCCUUGUUUUAUGGCAGCAAACUUAUUAUCAACAAUGAGCUAAGUUAUGGAAAUCUAUUCAAGUCCACUGAAGCACUAAUUCUCGGUACUUCAAUCAUUGGACAGGCAGUUGCAUUUGCGCCAAACUUUCAAAAGGGUAAAUUAGCAGCCGUUUAUAUAUUUAAACUAUUGGACAGAAUACCCAAAAUUAUUGUCGACCCACUCAAAGGUGAUAAACCAUUAAGUUGUGAGGGAAAUGUCGAUAUCAAGAAAGUGGAGUUUACAUACACAACCCGUUCGGAUCAGAAAAUAUUAAAUGGAUUGUCUUUCGAUGUCUUGAAAGGACAAAGAGUAGCUCUGGUCGGUUCAAGUGGUUGUGGAAAGAGUACUAUAAUUCAAUUAAUACAACGAUUUUAUGAUACAGAUGCUGGUCAUGUCAUAUUAGAUAAUAAAAAUAUUGUCGAUCUAAACAUUUCGUGGCUUAGAAGCAAAUUGGGAAUCGUAUCACAAGAACCGGUACUUUUUGGUUACAGUAUCGCUGAAAAUAUUGCUUAUGGAGAUAAUAGUCGUGUUGUGCCAAUGGAUGAGAUCGUUAGGGCCGCAGAAAAGGCUAAUAUUCAUAAUUUCAUAAAAUCUCUUCCAAUGGGUUACGAGACACCAGUGGGUGAUAAGGGAACACAACUGAGUGGUGGACAGAAACAGAGGAUAGCCAUCGCCAGAGCACUUAUCAGAGAUCCACAGAUACUACUUUUAGACGAGGCUACCAGUGCUCUGGACUCGGAAAGUGAAAAAGUGGUACAACAGGCACUUAACGAGGCCCAGGAGGGCCGAACCUGUAUAGUGAUCGCACACCGACUCUCAACAAUAGAAAAUGCCGACAAAAUAGUUGUCGUCGAUAAAGGAAAGGCAGUCGAAGAGGGAACUCAUCAACAAUUGUUAGACAAAAAGGGUGCUUAUUAUGGACUCUACAACAUUCAAGCUUUAGCUAAUAAAUAA